AUGGCUGUCGUAAACUCCCUCCCUACUUGCCAAAGCGCUCUCAAGAUUCAAGGCCCCAACGCUCUAGCAGUCGUUUCAGAUGCUCCACUACCCAACAUAGAGCCAAACGACGUGCUCGUCCGCGUGGUUGCUGUGUCUAUCAACCCUGUGGAUGGCAAGGCCGCUGACAUGUCACCCCAAGUCGGUGCUACCAGCGGAACCGACUUCUCUGGUGUCAUUGUAGCUCUGGGUUCAGAUGUCACAGCUGACUCGUGGAGGGUUGAAAGUGGAAUGAAGCCCGUCAAUGUUGGCGAUCGCGUUUUUGGUGGUACUUUUGGGAACAAUCCUCUGAGACCUCAUAAUGGUGCUUUUGCCGACUAUGUUGCCGUCCCAGCUCGUCUCAUCUGGCAUGUGCCAGACGGUAUGGAUCUUCCCACGGCUGCUACUCUUGGUGCUGCUUUGGCUACCGUUGGUCUGUCGCUUUUCAAUUAUCUUGAACUGCCUCUGCCCUACAGUAAAGACUCGAGCAAGAAGCCCACUGUUUUGGUCUACGGCGGUGGUACCGCAACUGGGGCUAUGGCUUUGCAAGUUCUGAAAGAAGCUGGUAUUGAUGCCAUCACUACUUGCUCCCCCAACGCCGCUCCCAAUGCCACCCGUCUUGGGGCAAAGGCAUGGUUCAACUACAAGUCACCCACUUGCGGUGCUGAUAUUCGCGAGCACACCAACGACAGCCUCGCCUACGCACUGGAUUGUAUCACCGACACUUCUUCCAUGGCCAUCUGUUACGAGGCUCUUGGGUCUUCGGGUGGCAGAUAUGUUGCCCUAGAUGCCUUUCCUGUGCGUGGACAUACUCGACGUAGCGUUGUCCCUGAGUGGGUAUGCACCCCUACUCAAUUCGGCCAUGCAAUCCAGUGGACGGCUCCUUAUGACCUUGAGGCGCGUCCUCGAGAUCUUGAGUGUGCGCAGGAGUGGUAUGUUGUCGCCCAACAACUUGUUGAUGGUGGACAUAUUGAACCACCAGAGGUAGAAGAACGAGAUGGGGGUCUGGCUGCCGUGUCAGAGGGUGUGGAGGAAGUUCGAAGGGGGUUGAUCAAGGGACGCAGACUCGUGUAUCCUAUCACAUCUAGUAUUACUGUGUAA